CUCUCCUGUUUUUUUUUAUCAAUUUCCUCUCUCAUUGUUGUGACGGCUGCAAAUUCUAUGUAGUGAAACCGUUAAAACCGACGAGGUUUAGUUUCAGCACUUUUACCGUUUUCGUGUGAAAAAGUGUUUGUUUCAAAAUUAACGCAUAAGUUAAAAUUACGAUGUCCGAAGACGCUUCCGCUCUGUUCGUGUUCGACGACCACAGUCCGGAGAAGAAGCAUUAUGAUUUCAAAUUCGCGCUACCUGCGCCAAAAUUGCCAUCGCCCCAGGUUCAACCGAUGGACGUGGAUACCUCGGGACCUAUUCGGCUCCCCGAGGAAGUAAAUGCCGAUGCACACAUGGCCAGUGAGAAGAAGCAAAAAUUGAACAGUGGAAAAGUGAAACGGAAAAUUCGGAAACUGGCAAGCGUAGAUGAAUCCUUGUCCAGAAAAUUCGAUGGAACGGGGCGGUUGAACAAACUGUUUGGACUCAAAUGGAUUGCGCUCGGUUCAUUUGUAGUUCUUGUUGCCGUAUUACUGGGAGUCAUUUCGAGAGAUGACCUGCGGAAUGAUUUCUACAGAAUGUAUAAAAGGAAUUAUCAACUGCUGCUGUACGGAGUCGAGGACUACUGUAGUCAAAAUUUCGACUUUUCCAAUGUAACAGCAGCUUUGAAUGCACGAGUUGUGGGGCAGCAGAAAGCCGUCGAUGAAAUAGCGGAUUUUUUCUACCGUCACCAGUCUGAACAUUAUACCUCAUUGGCACUGAUAGGACCGGUAGGUGUUGGGAAAAGUCUCACCGCCGAGCUGAUGGGCAAUAACUUUCAGUGGCGAUCGAAUGUACAUCGGUUUCCCUGGGGAAUCGCUAUAACCUCAGAGCAACAGUUUUCCAAUUUUCAAUCGUAUCUCCAUUCGCUCCGACACAAAGCGUCAGCUGAGUUUGCCUGUGGCCACAACUUACUGAUAAUCGAUCAUUUGGAAGCGACCGACGUUGAGCUAGUAAACAAAAUCGACAAUCGACUCAAGUUUGUGACGGAGAAGGAUAAUGUUCAGCUGACGGCGUUAUUUGUGUUUCAAGGCACGUCGGCAGGUGACGUCCAGCGACUGGCAGUUUUGAACGGAAGCAUCGAGAAAGUGAAUCUAAGAUCACUUACGGAAAGUGACUUGAAGCGGUGCAUUUUUCUGGAGGCCAACGAGCUGAAGGUUAAUCUGGAUGAACGGUUAAUCGAAACGCUGAUGAACAGCGUGGAUGUUCGGCGGUACGGGUGCAAAGGUGUUCGUGCCAAAGUCAGUCUGUAUUCGUGAGCUCGAGAUUUCUUCGGUUGAACUUUUUUCUUAGUUUUAUAAAUCAAUUGUGAUGUGAUUCUACUGCUGCUGUUAUUAGUUUGUAAAUAAAAUGAAUUGAAUUAUCACAUAUUUUGAUGUUCUACUGUGGGCUGUUCCGUGGUCUUCGGCAUGUCAGACGGAAUAAGACAUUCUAUAAUUAUAUACCAAAAAGUAAGUAAAACACAAAACGUUCUGUCCUUAACAGUGUUUAAUGAGUCAACAGAAUAAAAUAAAGUAAAAAAAAUACAAAUAAAAUUAAUCGUUUAGAUUAAACUACAUUCUAGUUUAAAAAAUACAUCAAAAAGUCACGUAAAUAGAAGAACUAAGCAUCGAAGGAAGUAUAAAUCACAAACACUAGAACACAUCGAUCAAGAAUCAAGCCAAACAGCACAGUGGCAUACGCGGCGACUGCGGCGGCGUUGUCACGAGUGGAGGCAGAGGCAGCGUCUCAACUGAGGCCGAGUCUCCGGUUGCUUUGACAGUUGUUUCGCUGCCAUUACCAUCCGACCCCGUCAUCGUCGUCGUAGAUCGUGACAUUUGCGAUGGCCCAGUGAG